UCUGUGGUUUGUACAAUUGUUUACUAUUCUGUGGUUUGUAAUUUCCAGGUAUUUGAGUUUUGAAAAGUGUAUUACAAGAAAUAUUUUGUUGUGAAUAUUUAAUAAACAUUUUCAAUAUGGUAGUUGCACCAUCAGAUGCACAGUCCAUAACACCGAGUUCAGAAAAAUCAGAUCCGAAAGAAACUCAAGAUCCUGUUCCAGUUGAUAAUUCUUAUCAAAUCAAACCUUCCCUAGAAGUAAAGUUCAAAGAAAUACCUGUUAAAGAAAUCAUCAGAAAUGUAGUGUCAAGUUUACUUACAGGAAAAGUAUAUGAACCAGAGAAUGUGAAAAAAUGGACCAUAGCAAUAGCAAAUGAAAUCAAUGAUAAAGUGAAAGAUUUGGAAAUGAAGAGAUACAAACAUAUCGUUCAAGUAAUACUCGGUGAAAAAAAGGGAGCUGGAGUCAAAUCAGGUGUGAGAUGUCUUUGGGAUUCAGACGUUGAUAGUUUUACCAGUGAAAUAUUUAUGAAUGAUACAAUAUUCUGUGUAACAACGGUUUUUGCAGUAUAUCUCUAUUAAUUUAUUCAACUUAUAAUUUAUUUAUUUACUACUUUUAUAUUUUAAUAAAUAGUUUGAAAUA